AUGGACGCAAUCAUCAAGAUUGGGGUUUUGGUAGACCUCCCGGACGUACCAAGCCUGCUCAUCUCGGUCCUGGGCUCCGUCGCGGACACGGUGAAGUGGGUCCGCAAGCUCAUCGCUGGCCGAGACCGGUACCGGGUCCGGAUGCCGCCCCCGUUCCGACGCUCUGCGGGAAAGGACGCUUCUGCUUCGCGGAACAAAAUUUACGACCAGGCUGUCCUCGUGGCAGAAGCAACAUGCCAGCUUGAUCUUCUGCCCUGCAAUAACCCAGGUGGUACGCCAGCGCCUCACACUAUCUUCAGUCGCAUUGUCGGAGAAACUGAGUCCGUGGUGGGAAUGCAAGACAAGUGUUGUGAGACAGCCUGA